CUGACAGCAUGCUCUACCCGCGAGAAACGGGAACAUAACGGAGGAUUUUCAUAAAUAUACCUGAAUCGGGGAAAUUGUAUUUAUUGCAUAAAAGAAGCCCUAUUGGAGUCAUUGUUUGCCCAGAAAAGCUUACCGAUGUGAGGAGAAAUACAAUUUACAGCGGCAAAGAAAAAGACCGAGAGAAAGGCCUUUUUGAUCUGGACAAACCCCAAAAGCAACCAACAUCUGUGACGAGGAGGGAAAAUAAAUUAAUAUCAUUGACUAAAACAGGAUAUAGUUGACACGGUUACGUUUUGUCCUGGAUUUAAAAUACAUUCGGAUGAAGAAGGAAGGGUUGGCGUAAUGAUCCACAUACCGUAAUUUUAGUGGAAAUAUUAAUUUAGUAAUUUUUUUAUCCUCCUGUCUGCUCGGCCCGUCUCGCUGGGGUUGAGGACGGAUUGCAAAAUAAAAAGGGAAAUACGCUUUGAUGGAACAGCAAAUGUUUUGAAUGUCAGUAGUCAGAAUUCUACCAGUGAAACCGAUGAUGGGUUCAAGAGGAGACAUUUGCUAGAAUUCAGUGUGGAUUUCAGCUCCACUGCAAGACGUCGUGGGAAUCCCGACUCGAGAGACCAUUUAUGUACAUUGUAGCGCUGAAGAAUCAUAUUCACGUUGAAAUUAAUAUUGAUGUCUUCAUUGUGGAUUGACAGUGAAAACCUUAUAGGAAUCAACCGUCUGAGAGGGCGGUCCGGGUAUCUUCAUUAGCACCACCACUCCGUUCUCCCUGAAUGAUCUAUUGUAGCCUAUAGAUAAUUAACAUUAAUAUGUGAUAUAGGCUGCGUCUGUGGAGGCCUUGAUCAUCUACAGGUUACAGUGGUUUUAUUCUGCAACUGGCAAUAUAAAUGUCACCCAUUUUGAGCAAGGUGCUUUUCUCCUGGGCCAAUUUAGGAAUCUAGAAUUUUUGUAUUAUUAUUAAUCCCCCCCUUCCCCGAACCUUUUUAUUGGGUUUUUGGGAAGAUGGGUUGUCUGGGCAAUAGUAAGACCGAAGACCAACAUAAUGAGGAGAAAGCACAGAGGGAAGCAAACAAAAAGAUAGAGAAACAGCUUCAAAAAGACAAACAGAUAUACCGAGCAACUCACCGGCUCCUACUAUUAGGUGCUGGUGAAUCUGGGAAGAGCACGAUAGUCAAACAGAUGCGAAUAUUGCAUGUGAAUGGCUUCAAUGCAGAGGAGAAAAAACAGAAAAUUCAAGACAUAAAAAAUAAUAUAAAGGAAGCUAUUGAGACUAUAGUGACAGCCAUGAAUACACUCACACCCCCAGUCCAGUUAGCCAACCCAGCACACCAGUUCCGAAUCGAAUACAUCCUAAACCUAGUAAAUCAGAAGGAUUUUGAGUUUACAUCGGAGUUCUAUGAGCAUGCAAAGAACCUAUGGCAAGACAAGGGGGUGAAGGCCUGCUUCGAGAGAUCCAAUGAGUACCAGCUGAUCGACUGUGCACAGUACUUUUUAGACAAGAUUGAAAUUGUGAAGCAGAGUGACUACACUCCCACUGAUCAGGACUUGUUGAGAUGCAGAGUACUGACUUCAGGGAUCUUCGAGACAAGAUUCCAAGUGGACAAAGUCAAUUUUCAUAUGUUUGAUGUUGGAGGUCAGAGGGACGAACGCCGAAAGUGGAUUCAGUGUUUUAAUGAUGUGACGGCCAUUAUAUUCGUGGUGGCCAGCAGCAGCUACAACAUGGUGAUCCGGGAAGACAAUCAGACCAACCGAUUGCAGGAGGCCCUCAACCUCUUCAAGAACAUCUGGAACAACAGGUGGCUACGGACCAUUUCUGUCAUCCUCUUCCUGAACAAACAGGACCUGCUAGCAGAGAAGGUGUUGGCAGGGAAAUCUAAAAUUGAAGAGUAUUUCCCAGAGUUUGCACGCUACACUACGCCAGAUGAUGCAACACCAGAGCCAGGGGAGGAUCCUCGCGUCACAAGGGCAAAGUACUUCAUACGUGAUGAGUUUCUGAGGAUCAGCACAGCCAGUGGAGACGGAAGGCACUAUUGUUAUCCCCAUUUCACCUGCGCAGUGGACACUGAAAACAUCCGGCGUGUCUUCAACGACUGCCGAGACAUCAUUCAGAGGAUGCACCUACGACAAUACGAGCUCUUGUGAUGGGAGUGGGAGGAGAGACUCCCGGUGUACUGCCGGUGUUCUGCCUAUCCUUGUCCAGUUAGUCCCCUCGUCACUCAACCAACCCUCCUUCCAUUCUGACAAACAAACACCUUCUCCUUGGGACACUGUGUUUCAAAUAAAGAAAGUGACAACAGACUCCUAAACACAGUGCCGUAGCAGUAACAAGCCAGAACUGCGGAACUCUUCACUGCACUUUGAACCUGUGCUCAGGACUGCAAUCCAUGGCUCGUUCUCGAUCUCUCUCAAACAUACACAACCACAUGCGCGCACACUCACACGUGCGGAAACCCUCUCUAAUUUUCAGUGUCUCCCAUUCAUUCUUCUACUUGGAAAUAUCCCCGGCACACACUGAGACAAGAACACACACAGACACACGCUUUUACCUUGUCCCACUGUUUUCAGCCUUGAAAAGCUAAAGUGCAGUGCCUGAGUUACUCUGGCGACGUCGCAGUUCUCGAGAGAUCCAGUAUAUGCAUACGUGCCGAAGCAGGACCCUGGGAAGGAAACGAUGGACAAAUUGAAAGGAUGGAGGAAAGUAACGAAUAAAGAGGCGGGUUGUGAGCAUACUAUGCCUGGGGAUGGAUGGAUGGAUGCAUGAGUGUGACUCGGACACAAGACUGUCACAUGACUUUUACUUCUGGAAUCAAUGAGGAGGAAAGGCAAAAACAUACAAUGCAUUAAUUCAUGCAAACAGUGAACUUGAUGCAGUGCAAAAAAAUCCAAGCUAUAUAUAUAUAUAUAUAUAUAUAUAGAGAGAGAGAGAGAUAUUUAUAUAUGUAU